CUUUUUUACAUUUUAUGACUUGAAUUUAAGAAUGUGACAAUUAUGGAUUUUCAAUUCUAAAAACACAUUCGAAAAUCUAUGAAUGAUCACCCAUGAGUUGAUACAUAUUGAACACAUUUAUUUUCAUAUGUAUUUCAGAUGUAUUUGGUUCCAGUGACAGCAAGCACAGAAUAGCAAAGUAACAACCAGUGUAGAGAUUGCAUCAUACAACAAGAUGAACUUUGUUAAACAAGAAGAACUGCAUCCUGAGACUGAAAAUCUCGAAGAACAUUGUGGGGCGAAUAUGUCAACUUUGGAUGCACAAAUGAUUAAACAAGAGCCUGUUGAAAUAGAGGAAGAAAAAGCACAAGGAUUCGCAUAUCAUGAUAUACCAGGAUACAAUGAAAGCAUAGAUAAUAUCAAUCUUGUGAGUCACUCAAAUUUCAAAAAAGAAAAUUUGAGUCAAUUUGACAAUCAUUUUGGUAAUUCUGUAUUUGCUGUUAAGACUGAACAAUCAGCUAUACAGAUUGACAACGAUACAAAAGCAAUUCAUUCAUUUAUUAAGCAAGAACAUUUGGAACAUGCUGACAAUGAGUUUGGAAAUUCUGUAUUUGCUGUUAAGUCUGAGCAAUUACCUAUACAAACUGACAAUGAUACAAAAGCAAUUCAUUCAAUUAUCAAACAAGAACAUUUGGAACAUGCUAACAAUGAAUUUGGAAAUUCUGUAUUUGCUGUCAAGUCCGAGCAAUCAGCUAUACAAAAUGGCAACGAUACAAAAGCAAUUCAUUCACGUAUUAAGCAAGAACAUUUGGAACAUGCUAACAAUGAAUUUGGAAAUUCUGUAUUUGCUGUUAAGUCUGAGCAAUCAGCUGUACAAACUGGCAACAAUACAAAAGCAAUUCAUUCACUUAUUAAGCAAGAACAUUUGGAACAUGCUAACAAUGAAUUUGGAAAUUCUGUAUUUGCUGUUAAGUCUGAGCAAUCAGCUGUACAAACUGGCAACAAUACAAAAGCAAUUCAUUCACGUAUUAAGCAAGAACAUUUGGAACAUGCUAACAAUGAAUUUGGAAAUUCCGUAUUUGCUGUCAAGUCUAAGCAAUCAGCUGUACAAACUGGCAACAAUACAAAAGCAAUUCAUUCACUUAUUAAGCAAGAACAUUUGGAACAUGCUAACAAUGAAUUUGGAAAAUCUGUAUUUGCUGUUAAGUCUGAACAAUCAGCUAUAAAAACUGGCAACGAUACAAAAGCAAUUCAUUCACUUAUCAAACAAGAACAUUUGGAACAUGCUAACAAUGAAUUUGGAAAUUCUGUAUUUGCUGUUAAGUCUGAACAAUCAGCUAUACAGAUUGACAACGAUACAAAAGCAAUACAAUCACUUAUUAAACAAGAAUAUUUGGAACAUGAUGGCAGUGAAUUUGGAAAUUCUGUAUUUGCUGUUAAGUCUGAGCAAUUACCUAUACAAACUGAGAACGAUACAAAAGCAAUUCAUUCACUUAUUAAGCAAGAACAUUUGGAACAUGCUAACAAUGAAUUUGGAAAUUCUGAAUUUGCUGUUAAGUCUGAACAAUCAGCUAUGCAAACUGACAAAGACACAGAGUCAACACAUUCCUUUACUAAUCAAGAACAUUUGGCACAAGCUGCUCAGUUAUGUGUCCAAGAAGCAAAAUCUUUUAAAUGUGAACAUUGUGAAAAAUAUUUUAGUCAGUUUGUUGAACUAAAAACACAUAUGAGAACUCACACUGGAGAAAAACCUCUUCACGCUGGAGAAAAACCUUUUAGAUGUGAACUUUGUGGAAAAUAUUUUAAGUCAUUUAAUAGUUUAAAGAAACACAUGAAAAUUCACACGGGAGAAAGACCUUUUAAAUGUGAACAUUGCGAAAAAUGUUUUCGUGAAUUAGGUACUUUAAAAACACACAUGAUGAUUCACACGGGAGAAAAACCCUUUAAAUGUAAAUUUUGUGAUAAAUGUUUUAGUAUAUCUGGUAGCCUCAAGAACCACAUGGUAACUCACACAGGAGAAGGGCCCUUUAAAUGUGACAAAUGUGAAAAAUGUUUUGGUAAUUUAAGUGGAUUAAAGUUACACAUGGUAAUUCACACAGGAGAAAGCCCUUUUAAAUGUGAACACUGUAAAAAAUGUUUUAGGAGCCGUGCUAAUUUGAAAAAACACACGAGAAUUCACACGGGAGAAAGACCUUUUAAAUGUGAACUUUGUGAAAAAUGUUUUAGUCAGGCUUCUACUUUAAAAACACAUAUGAUAAUUCACACUGGAAACAGACCCUUUAAAUGCGAACAUUGUGAAAAGCGUUUUAGUACAUCUAGUAGUUUAAAGCAACACACAAGAAUGAUUCACACAGGAGAAACACCCUAUAAAUGUGAAAAAUGUGGAAAAUGUUUUGCUGGAGCUGGCAGUUUAAAAAUGCACAUGAUAUGUCACCUUGCAAGUGUAGCCUCUUAAGUGUAAAAAAUGUCAAAUUAACACUUUGUGAACCUAGUAUUAUUUUAAGUAAAACUCUUCAUAUGAGAAUUUAAACACACAUAUUAUAAUUCACACUCGAGAAAAAAUGUUCCAAAUGUAAAUGUAAAUAAAAUAAAUAAAAGCUUUAUGCAUCUCUCCUGUCUAGUGUAUUAGUUUGUCACUCUUUAAUGACUUGGAUAAUAAUAAUUAUAUUGAACAGGGCGUUCAAACAGUACUGAUAAAAA